GCACUUCCUGCCAGAAGACCCAUUUUCUACGGUCAAUUUUGCUCUCAAGGGAGCAAUUUACGAAAACCCAAACUUGUCUCUUCUAUCCAAAGAGCGUGUCUUAUUUAACAACAACUUUGACCCCAGAAAAGUAGCAUUAAUCUCUGGUGGAGGGUCUGGCCAUGAACCUGGCUGGUAUGGUUUUGUCGCCGACGGCAUGCUCACUGCAUCCGUGCAAGGAGAGAUCUUCGCGUCUCCAAACUACAAAAACAUCCAGGCAGCAGAGAAAGUUGUCCAUUCUGAGGCGGGCACCAUCUUUCUCAUCACCAACUACACGGGGGAUAACCUGUACUUUGGCAUGGCUGCGCAAGAACUUGUCAACAAGUACGGCGAGGACAAAAUUCGCAUUUUGCGCACGACAGACGACGUGGCAGUCCCACGAUCCAAGAGCGACCGCGUUGGCCGCAGAACGCUCAGCGGGAUCACCAUCAUGGCCAAGGUGCUUGGUGCGUGUGCCGAUGAGUUCCAUGACAUCGACACCGUGUACAAGCUGGGUGUGUCUGUCAACGCCAACAUUGCUUCAGUCAACGCCGGGCUCGAUCACGUGCACAUCCCCACGCACGAUGCAACCACCGACUGGGGUCAGCUGAGACAGAACGAGCUCGAGCUUGGGCUCGGCGUGCACAAUGAGCCCGGCGUGAAGCGGCUCGAUUAUGUUCCUGCAAACGAGGAGCUUGUCCAGAUCCUGCUCAAGUACAUCCUAGACAUGACAGACCCGGAAAGAGGGUAUUUCCUGUACGAAAAGGGCGACAAGAUCGUUUUGCAGCUCAACAACUUGGGUGGGGUGUCGCAUUUCGAGCUGUUGGCCAUUUUGACCGAAACAGUGCACCAGCUGAAGCGCGACUACGGCCUGGACAUCACCAGGGUUUACCACGGCCACUUUGUGACCAGUUUCAACGCGCAGAUAUUUACACUGACACUGUUCAACGUGACCAAGGCGGCUACCGCAGAGUUCCCUGUUGAGAAGCUAUUUGAGUAUCUCGACAAGCCUGUGCGGGCGUCAAACUGGCCGGCAAAUUACUACACCUCAUUGGAGCCAAUUGACGUCCAGAGUCGUGUGAUUGACGACUUCAAGCACUACGACGAGGACCUCGCAGCAGAAAAGUCGCCAACUAAAGGAGACAUCAAUGUCAAUCCGGACACACUGGAAUCAGUGAUUCGAACAGCUGUUCGCAAUGUCAUUGCUAGAGAGCCCGAACUGACUAUCUGGGACACCAAGAUGGGGGAUGGCGACUGUGGAGAAGGCCUCAAGAUUGGAGCUGAGGCAGUACUACACCGUCUGGAAAAAGACCGGUUUACGGCAAGUGGAUCGUUGCUGCAAACUCUUGAGUCCUUGCUCAAAGUCGUCAAAGACUCGAUGGGCGGCACGUUGGGGGCCAUUUUGUACAUUUUCCUGCAAGGCUUGACCAACAAGCUGGAGUUGUUGCUGGAGAGCAACGAGACACCGCUGCCACUGGCGUUUGCCGACGCCAUGGACUAUGCAAUUGAGAACCUGUGCAAUUUCACAAAAGCGCGCGAGGGUGACAGAACAGUGAUGGAUGUGUUGAUUCCGUUCUGUCGUGAGUUUUCGCAGUCGAAAAACUUGGGUCAGGCCAUUAAAAAGGCGCACACAGCUGCAGAGGCAACCCGGAAAAUGAGGCCCAAGCUGGGAAGGGCCAGUUACGUGGGGAUCGAGGACAACGAGACAGAUUUCCCGCCAGACCCUGGAGCAUACGGUGUGUACGAAAUUAUCGCUGCCCUCGGCGAGGGGCUCAGCCAUUGAUGUGGUUGUAAUGAAAAAAAACCCCGUUACCCAAUUUGUAGUGUCUUGUGCCGUUCGUGGCGGCUUUGAACAGGGACGCUGCAGUGUAAUGGGCAAAACUAGCAUUGCUGCAUUUCUCCGAUUCGUCGAAAGAUCUAAAGAUCCCCGUUUUCGGAAGCAGCAAUUCCCAGGCUGGCUUGUUUGGCCUGGACCGUUCUCGACACCUGCAGACGGAACAAUAAUGGUCUACAAAAAUGCCGGCGGCGAAUUUCCCCGGACGUCCACAAAACAAUAGCGAUCACCUUGGGACAAUUUUUGCAUAUACAGGGUACCCCACAAAAAAUCUUGCAUAUCCUAUUGUCAAGAAAAGUUUUUCCACGAGAAUUCUGCUAUAGUGGGACAAUAACGUUAGUGACCGGAGCGGGGAGAGCAGAACAGGAGUUAAAUAAGCGCUGAACAUUAACUAUAUGGAUCACGAUCAACUAGAAUGACAAGGUUACCGCUCAUGACAAGCUCUCGCACUCAAUUGGGCUCUCAAACCAAAAUUUACCGCUUAUGUAUUCCAACCACCUUAGCGUCCAAUUUAGUCCUGUUGCUAAUGCUGACGUUGCAGCAAAAUAAUCUACAACCUGCAUGUCUCUCAAUAUUAAUCCGAUCGGGCAACUUGCAAAUAUGAGGUCACUAUCCCAUUCCCGAAAACGCUAUAAAGACUGGCGCCUGCCUCCCCAUUUUCCAUUGCACCAUGAAGAACUUUCUAUCAUAAAAAGAGAGGACAUUGAUUACGAGGAGCUCGAGCACUACUGGUCGUAUGGCCGCUCCGAACCUGUCUACCCUAGUCCCCAGAUUUCUGGCAUCGACGACUGGGGCGAAGCGCUUAACAAGGCCAAGGCGCUCGUCGACCAGAUGACCAACGAGGAGAAAAACAACGUCACUUACGGCUACGCAGUGACCACCACUGGGUGCUCUGGUAUGUCGGGCAGUGUUCCGCGGCUCAAUUUCCCCGGCCUUUGUCUGCAGGACGCAGGAAACGGUGUCCGUGGCACAGACAUGGUCAACUCCUACCCGGCAGGUCUGCAUGUGGGGGCGUCUUGGAACAAGGGACUGGCCUACGAAAGGUCGCUCCACAUGGGUGGAGAAUUCCGCAACAAGGGCGUCAACGUCGCGCUGGGCCCUGUGACUGGGCCAGUCGGCAAGAUCGCCAGGGGCGGUCGUAACUGGGAAGGUUUCUCGAACGACCCUUACUUGUCGGGUGCCUUGACGGGCGAGACCAUCCGCGGCUUGCAGGAAUCGGUUAUUGCGUGCGUCAAGCACUUGGUUGCAUAUGAGCAAGAAGCCAGCAGAAACCCACAGUUCGGACUGGUCAAAGGUACCCAUAACCACUCGAUCUCGUCCAAUGUCGACGACAAAACCAUGCACGAGCUGUACAUGUGGCCGUUCCAGGAUGCCAUUAAGGCUGGCGCCGGUUCCGUCAUGUGCAGCUACAACAGAAUAAAUAACUCCUAUGCUUGUGAAAAUAGCAAGGUGAUGAACGGCCUGCUCAAGGAGGAGCUUGCUUUCCAGGGCUUUGUGGUGUCUGACUGGGACGCCCAGCACACCGGCGUUGCCAGUGCCGAGUCUGGUCUCGCCCAGCACACCGGCGUUGCCAGUGCCGAGUCUGGUCUCGACCUUGCCAUGCCCGACUCUGUUUAUUGGGAAAACGGCACACUGGUCGAGGCCAUCAACAACGGCACUAUGGCACAGAGCAGACUCGACGACAUGGUCACCCGUAUCGUUGCCGCAUGGUACAAACUCGCCGAGAUCGACGACCCAGGUUUUGGUCUGCCGUACGACCUGACUCAGCCACACGACCUGGUCGAUGCACGUGACCCGGCCUCUGCGGACACAAUUCUGCAAGGAGCCGUCGAGGGCCAUGUUCUACUCAAGAACAAGAACAAUGCUCUGCCGCUCAAAAAGCCAAAGGCUCUUGGUCUGUACGGCUACGACGCCACGGUCGCCGCCAGAAACUUCCUGAUGGGCACAAGUUUCGAGCUCUGGAAUUUCGGUCUCACCAACACGCUCACCUACUCAAACGGCACCGACAUCGACCUUGCAGACCUCUGGAGACUGUUCCUGUCGUCUUACGACCCUACCCAAAGUGGCCCAGACGUUGCGCUGAACGGCACGUACAUUGUGGGCUCUGGUUCUGGUUCCAACACGCCUUCCUACAUCGAUGCUCCGUACGACGCUUUCAUGCGCCAGGCCAAGCUGGACGGCACAUGGCUCAGCUGGAACUUCAUUGACCAGGAUCCAAAGGUCAACGGCGGCAACGACGCAUGCAUUGUGUUCAUCAACGACGCCUCGUCCGAGGGCUGGGAUAGACCGACGCUGCGCGACGACUACUCCGACGAGCUGGUCAAGAACGUCGCUUCCAAAUGCAGCAACACCAUCGUCGUGGUCCACAACGCUGGUGUCCGCAUUGUGGACAGCUGGAUCGACCACGAGAACGUGACUGCCCUGGUGUUUGCUCACUUGCCGGGCCAGGACUCCGGCCAGGGUCUGAUCGACGUGCUAUACGGCAACCAGUCUCCAUCCGGAAGACUGCCAUACACCGUGGCCAAAAACGAAUCUGACUACGGCAUUCUGUUGGAUCCUAUUGUCCCAGAAGGCACCGUCGACAUGUACUACCCUCAGGACAACUUCACCGAGGGCCUGUACAUCGACUACAAGCACUUCCUCAAGUACAACAUCACCCCUCGCUACGAGUUCGGCUACGGUCUCACCUACACGACGUUUGACUAUGCCAACAUCUCCAUCACUAAGCAGAAUGCAGACACCUCCCAGUUCCCUCCAGAGACGACUGUUGUCCAGGGUGGUAACCCUACCCUGUGGGAGGUGGUUGCCACGGUCACGUGUGACGUCACGAACUCGGGCAACGUCACUGCCGCCGAGGUUGCCCAGCUGUACGUGGAGAUUCCUAACGGGCCAGGCCGUGUUCUGCGGGGCUUCGACAAGAUCUCCAUCGGCCCUGGCGAGACCAAGACGUUUGUUUUCGACCUGACCCGGCGUGACCUGAGCACGUGGGACGUCGAGAACCAGAAUUGGGCUCUGCAAAAGGGAGACUACCCGAUAUACGUCGGCAAGAGCGUUCUGGACAUCCAGCUGACAGGAACGUUGUCUAUCUAGACAGAAGAUAAGAUCUCAGAUCUUGGAAUAGUUUUCAUUUCUUUCGUGCGGUAUCGCCGCAUUUUCUGUAUAGGUAUCUAAUACAUGUGCAGCUUUUUCAACAAGUACGCUGAGACAGCUAUCCAUGCCAAAAAUCUCAUCAUUGGCAUGGACGUCGGGGGCACAAGUCAGCAACCACACCGGACGUGUCUGACGGGAUCGAGAAGUCCAUCAGGGCCGUUCUGGAGGCGCCAGAUAGCCUUUUCUCAGGAAACCAGAUCUCCACUGUCACAAUCGGCACCACGCACAAUGCUGUCGUUGAGCACGACUAGAUCCGGCUGGAGAAAGUGGCGGACGGCAGGAGCUCGCCACCGUUCGGCGAGUUUUCCGACGA